AUGAGUAACGUCUCGCCAAGGUGGUUCCACGCCGCUGCCGCCAUCAAGUCCACAAUAUACUUCACAGGUGGAACAACCCAGAGUGGUUCAGGAAAACAAUAUAUCCUGGAUGACACACUCGCCUUGGACCUCACACAACCAUGGACCAUCGACAACCCUCCUCUCACAAAGCUGUCUCCCAUGACCGUGCCAUUGAGUGGUCACUCCAUGAAUCCCGUGCAGGGAACCACACAGCUGUUGGUUGCCGGUGGAGAGUCCAGCGCACCCCAAUCAUCACCCAUUCUCAUCUAUCAGACCGCCGUGGGAGGCAGCUGGUCUGCCCCAACCUUCACUAAAAAUGACACUGCAUCCUUUCGUCGACUCUACCACGCCUCAAUUGCUACUGGAAAGGACGGUGCUAUACUCCAGGGAGGGUAUCAAACCACAGUAGCCAAUGGCACCGUGGUAUCCUCCUUGGUGACCCUAAAGGCAUCCAACAACUUCAUGCCCCUUUCCACAUCACCCGUCGCUCAGGCAUCCAGUGCACCCGCACUUGCACGGCAUACCAUGACUCUUACCACUGACGGACAGGCGGUCAUCCUAGGAGGGAUCAAUUCGCAGGGAGUGGUCGCAAAUCUGUCAGUUGCCUAUGUUCUGGACACACAAGCGAACAGUGGCGCAUGGAAUCCUGUAUCCUUGUCUGGGACCCCGCCAGACCCACGCAUGUCUUUCUCCACGGUCUUAGUUAAUGCAACCACGAUGCUGGUCUUUGGCGGCACGGCCGAUUUCAAAACUGCGUUCACGACUCCGUUCUAUCUCGAUUUGCCCACAUGGACUUGGUCCUCGCCAGAGGCCCAAGGCGACGCGCCCCAUCGCUGGGGUCACACUGCCACGAUGGCUGGUACCUCAAUGGUGGUGGCCUUCGGCACAUCACCUCAGGCAGCGUCGGACCCAAGUAAUAUUGCAAUCCUUGAUACAACCUCUAAUACAUGGACACAGCGGUUUCGGCCAGUGGGGAUGAUGAGGCCAGAUUCUCAAGAUACGAACAAUGGUCUGAGUAUCGGCGCAGUCCUUGGAAUCGCAUUCGUGGUCACAUUGCUCAUUGUCGGCGGUGCAUUCUACCUGUUGGUGCGUCGUCGCAAGCACCGUACGCGCAACACCAUGGCAAGGGAGUACAUGGGAGACCAGACCGCUCGAUCGGCUAUCAAGAGACAAGCGAGCGAGAGCUCAGGUUUCUUUGGAAAAGCAGGUUCAUUCUUCGGCAUGGGAGCCAAAGCACCGGCCAGCUCCAAGCGGUAUUCGGAUAUGCCAAUGUACUCUAAUCCCAUGGCCAUUACCUCCCGCAUGACGCAGAUGGGAUACUCUCCUCUUAGUCUUGGCUACCCUGAGACGGUUGUGCAACACGGUUGUGGACAGGUCUCUGUUUCAGGUUACAUCUACCCCAAGCAGGCUUGUGUAGAGACGGAAAAGGAGCCUCAGGACGGACAAGAGACCGCGAUUGUCUACCAUAUGCUCACACAGGCGCAGCAGGAGGCGCUCAAGUUGAGUAAGCAGCCAGCAACCAACAAAGACAAGAACAAGAGCAAGCUGUAUCAGCUGGACUCUUAA